AGGGAUUCGAUUGGAAUGAUGCUUUUGGAAUAGUUAAGGCUACCGCAGAAGCAUCCUCCAAACAAUUCUUGGCGCCUUUUUUUCAAUGAUGAGAAAAGAGGCCAAGAAUGCCGCCAAGGGUGCGACAACUGCGGUAGCUCGUCUAAAAUAGGGAAAAAAUACGACUCGUCCGUUCCGCUCAAAUUUGCAGAAACGGCCUUCCUCCUGCAUCCCGGGGCAAUGGUUUACUUUCCGGAAGAGCUGCAAAGAAGGCUUCGAGACAAAAUGAACGACUUUGUUGAUCCAAAGCAAAAGAGUCGUUCGCUCAAGUACUGGCACAAGACGAAACUCUUCGACCGCGGUGUCUCGUUCCACCUCGUAGGAGACGAAAUGAUACUUCAAAGCGAAUGUGGUCACAGAGGAAAGGAUGCGCAGCAGCUAGUUACGAC